AUGUCUGCUCCCUUGUUCACAAUGCCGGUGUGUAUCUUUAAAACAGUUAAUUAUUUACGACUCAGACACAUUUAUUAUAAGUCAGCGCAAGUAUAUCGGCUUUUUUCCACUUCCAGAACAAACAAUAAAGGACUCAUUCUUGGUGUGUAUGAAGAUGAAUCUAAGGAGAAACCAUUUUUCCUUUCUAAAGCCUCAGAAGCUUUUGACGAGAAAUGCAAUGGAAAGUUGAGCAACAAUCUUAAACUAUUUGGAAAAUCCUUUAAGAAAGGCAAAAGCCAAUUGUUAUUUGGUCUGGAUGAAGAAUUUCCUUUAGUGUCUGUGGUACAUGUUGGAAAAAAAGGACAAGGCUUCAAUGAACUUGAAGAACUUGAUGAAGGGAGGGAAAAUGUGAGAGCAGCCAUUGCAAAAGGUGCACUUCAGCUAAGAGAUGCUGAUCAGACGGUGGUAUUUGUGGAUCCCUGUGAUGAUGCAAUUGCAUCUGCAGAAGGAUGUCAUUUGUCUGUGCACAAAUAUGAUGAAUUGAAACCAGUUGACAAAAGAAAGCCAAGCAUGGAACUGUCCUGUUAUGUGGAACAUUUAAACUCUGCAGAAAGAACUAAAGUUAAAGCAGAUUGGGAACUUGGCACCAUUUAUGCAGAAGCUCAAAAUUUUGCCAGACUUCUAAUGGAAAUGCCUUCAAAUAUAUUGACACCAACCAAGUUUACAGAAAUGGUCAAUGAGAAAUUAUCAGGAUUAUGUCAAGUGACAGUUAGGGAUCAGACAUGGGUGGAAAGUCAAAAGAUGGGUGCUUUUCUUUCUGUGUCACGUGGAUCUCGUGAACCUUUGUGCUUCCUUGAACUGAGCUAUGAGAAUGGUGGUGGUGAAUCCUUACCUCCUAUUGCUCUUGUGGGAAAAGGCAUCACUUUUGAUUCAGGAGGCAUUUCUUUAAAACCUUCAGCUGAUAUGGACAAAAUGAGGGCUGAUAUGGGUGGAGCAGCUUGUGUUGUUGGAACUAUCUUUGGUGUUACUAAGCUUCAGCUGCCAAUAAACUUAAAAGCUUUUAUUCCUUUAUGUGAAAAUAUGCCAAGUGGAAGUGCUACGAAACCUGGGGAUGUUGUUACUGCAAUGAAUGGAAAAACAAUUCAGGUUGAUAAUACAGAUGCUGAAGGGCGAUUGAUUUUGGCUGAUGCUUUGUGUUAUGCCAGCAGUUUUAAUCCUCAGUUCAUCCUUGAUAUGGCAACUCUAACUGGUGCUAUGGGUGUGGCUUUGGGCUCUGCUGCUGCUGGUACUUUUACCAAUUCCUCAGCAUGUUGGAAUUUAUUGCAAAAGGCAGGGAGGCAAACUGGAGACCGUCUAUGGAGAAUGCCUUUAUUCCAACACUUUACAAGCCAAGUGACUUUCUCUCAACUGGCAGCCCUGAAUAAUAUUGGUAAAUACAGUCGUGCUGGUGGAUCUUGCACAGCUGCAGCUUUUCUUAGAGAAUUUGUUGGUGAAAAUCAAUGGAUCCACAUAGAUAUUGCAGGUGUAAUGAUGAAUAAAGAUGAAGUUCCAUAUCUUGGAGGAGGAAUGGCAGGUCGGCCCACCAGAACAGUGAUUGAAUUUUUGAAGCUUUUUAGUAUGCAAAAGGAAAAAAGUUGA